UAGAUUUGCUUUUGUGUCCUGCUCAUGAUCUCUGUUUAGGUACUGCAAGUAAUUCAAAUUGUGUAUUUGAUAUGUGGUUUGACUUAGGGCUCUCAUUCGUUUCUUAUUCAACAUAAAGCUUAUCAUGCGUUCAAUAUGCAUUUAGGAGUGUGUUCCAUAUAAAUCACUUCUGUCUCUUGAUAUUACUUCAAACCCUAUCCUUUUGUAAUAACUCACACUGUCAAAGGUAUUCAGUGAUUAAUAACAUUUCUUACUACAAUUUUCUUCGUAAUUUUCUUCAAGAUAUUACUACCUUCGUUUGGUCCCAGUAGAAACAUAAGCCUCAUUUAAGGAGCACUUGAAUCAUAGAUCUCUUUAUCAGAAAGACUUGCCCAGGCAUUGAGCUGUUUAUGUAGUUUACUCAAGCCAAAACAGGCAGUUUAGGAAGAUUGUUCCAACCAUGACACUUACUCUAGCCUACCUGAAAUGUUAUGUAUAUUUCACCUGAUACUUCUCAUUCUCUUCAAAACCAACUUUAUCUUCAUCUCUUCUUUCUGCAAACAGUAGGAAAUUCCUUCCAUCCUGCUUUACACUUCUUAUUGGCUGUACAAGAUUAAUAGCUCUAGAGGGUCGAAAAUCCAUUGUUCAAUUUCUUAUAAGUUAUGUGAUUGAGAAACUAGAGCCUGCAUUAUGUAACUUGGAACCUAUAAAAGGAGGAUAAAACUCUUAGUAAAUGAUUUGUGUUAAGGUCUUUGUAGAGCACCAGAAAUUGCAAAGAAAGUGAGUGGAUUUUUGUCUUUUAAUGAUGGGUAUCUGACAGAAUACCUAUGAUAUGAAGGCUGCUACCAAUUCCAUGUAAGAACUGGUCAACUUGCAUUAUGCUCAACAAAUUUGAUAAAUUGCAAACAGGCUAGAUCUCCCUACUUAAUUCAGCCUUCACUAAUAAGCUAUCUUUAGAUAUUAAGAGCUUUCUUUAUCUGAUGUUCACAUCUUUCUGUGCUUAUCUUAUAAAUACCUCCAUCUUUAACAGCUAAGGUUUUUUUUUCAACACCCGUAUAAUUUAUUAGUCUCUUGAUCUCUUUGUUUAACACUUUCGUUAAAAUGUAUUUGGAAAACUAUCCCCUUGAAGGCAUUGUUGAAGAGUCUUUUUUGAUAAAAAGAAAAAGAAGGGGAAAUUUUGGCAUGUCCAGUUUGGUAUACAAGUAGGAGGAGAUCUGUAUUGUGGAAGUAUGGCAUUUUCUAUGGAAGUAUGGCAUUGAAUUGUUGCCUAUAUAUGUACGCCACUCUGAGUCCCCUACAGGGUGAGAAGAAUGAGGUAUAAAUGUAGUAAAUAAAUAAAAUGAUGGAUUAAGGUUCUUGUACAAGGUUUUGUGGAUAAAUGGUUUAAGUAAUUUGCAUUGUAUUGUUUUAAAUUUAUUUAUUGUAUAUUGCUAAUCUGUUUAACUGUUUUAAUUGCCCAUGUUUUAAUCCUUUGUAUUGUAUAUUGGCAUCGAAUUCUGCCGGAUUGUGAGCUGCCUUGAGUCCCUUCGGGUGAGAAGGGCGGGAUAGAAAUAAUGGAAAUAAAUAAAUAAAUAAAAUAAGUAGAGCUGCAGUUCUUUCCCCCAGUCAUACCAUCAUCUUCAUGUUUGCUUGACAUAGCAUUGGAUCAACAGAGUUUAGCCUCAGGACAGAAUUGCAAAAAGACAUUGCUUUCUGCUAGAGUGUACAAAAAAAAUCAGUACACUCUCUGGGACUUAUAGGUAGCACUGGGUAGCAUGUUUUUUGGUCUUCAUCUGUUUGAAUUCUCAAGACAGAAUACUCACUAGUUGGGGAUUCUGGAAAUUAUAUCUCAAAAAAGCAAUAUUUCCAAUAACUCUUUUAAAGUAGAACUAGAAGACAUGGCCUCACCGAAAUCCUAGAAAGUCAGUGCAAGUCAAAAGCUAACUUUCAUUUCACUGCAAUGCAAGGCAAAUCUGUUUGCAUAAGCUAAGAACGUCUUAACAUUUUCAUUUCUCUUCUUUCAAUUCUUUCCACAGAGCAAACCACAAAACAAUGUUCCAGCUUUUAACAUUUUGUGCUUUAGUUUUGUGUGCAUCACCAGCAACAACCCCAGCACAGCAAGUUAUACAAACCUGGCACCGUAAUGCCUGUUCACUGGUUGUUUGUGCACCAGCUGAGAGAGGUUUGCCAGGGAGAGAUGGGAGAGAUGGACUCCAAGGACCAAAGGGAGAAAGGGGAGAACCAGGCUUACAAGGACCAAGAGGAAUACCUGGUCCUCCAGGAAUAAUGGGUCCAGCUGGACCAGCAGGACAAAAUGGGUCCCAAGGGGAGACAGGACCAAAAGGAGAUGUUGGAGAAAUGGGACUACAUGGAAUUCGGGGUCUGCAGGGGCCCCCAGGAGAGAUAGGACCUACUGGAGCAAAAGGUGACACUGGACCACAAGGUGAAAGAGGUGCAAUAGGACAAACAGGUCCCAAAGGUAAUCCAGGGACCCCUGGCCCCAAAGGCAAUCAAGGGUCAGUCGGUGAAAAGGGAGCAAAAGGAGAUGUAGGAGCCAGAGGUGUAGCAGGACCACAAGGACCUGUGGGGAACAUAGGCCCUCCUGGAUCAAAAGGAGAUAAAGGCUCCACAGGGGAAAGGGGGACAAAGGGUGACAGUGGUCUCUCAGAGGUCAACCUGAUGAAAAACCAAGUCACUGCCCUUGAGGGACAGCUAAAAGCUUUACAAGCCAGUUUUACCAAGUAUCAAAAAGUUGCAACAUUCCCAGGUGGCAGAAUUGUUGGUAACAAAGUGUUUAUAACCAGUGGCUAUGAAGGCAACUUUGAUGAUCUGAAGCAGCGGUGUCAGCAAGCAGGUGGCCAGCUGGCUUCCCCCAGGAAUUCUGCUGAGAACACAGCAAUUAAAGAUAUUGUUGUUCUCUAUCAGAAAUCAGCAUUUCUUGGAAUAACUGAUAUCCAGACAGAGGGGACAUUUAGAUACUUGAACGGUGAGACCAUUGUUUAUUCCAACUGGCAGGCAGGAGAACCCAAUAACGAUCACAAUCAGGAGGACUGUGUUGAAGUCUAUUCGAGUGGCAAAUGGAAUGACAAAUCCUGUGGGGAAAAGCAGCUAAUAAUCUGUGAAUUUUAGGUCACCCAUCAUAAUAUAUCCAACCUAAAUAGGCCCCAAAAUUUUAAUACUGCAUCACCUUUUUAUCAUUAGGAAUUAAGAUAAAAUAAUUACCAAUUAAUUCAUCUUCGCAAAAUUUCAGUGAAGUGGGAUAUUGGUACAUCUACGUGAUUAAUGUAGCCACUGAUGACUUCUAUAGCAGAAAUACCUAUCCAUGCAAAAAUCUUAAAAACUGAUGAAAUUCCAAAAAUGGGAAUUUGGGUAAUUGAAACAUUUGAGAUGGUAGAAAUGCAUAAGCUAACCAUGUUUCUGAGAAGAAAAAUAAUCAAAGACAUUAUAGCAAAUUGGGAACUUUACAUCUUUUUUCUAUAGGAUUUUAAAAAAUAUUUUCUUUAAAAAAUUACAUUUAAAUAAAAUAUUAAAAAUUUUCUAUAAAAGUUAGAGGGUUAAUAAAACAAUACAUAACAGUAGGGAUUAAGAUUAAUCAUAUGCUUAACCUUUUAGUGAGAGAGUGGGAAGUUACUUUCUUUAAAGAAAUUAUGUUAGGAUAAGUAUAUAUUUAGUUAAUUAAAUGUAUACUUGUAUACAUUUUGUAAAAUUUCCAUAUAUUUUGUAAAGUGUGUUUUUGUGUGAUAUGUUUGUCAUUUAUUCAAAAUAAAAUAACAGUUAUACAAUCCAAUAUUAUUAUAAUAUGUUCCUAUAUUC